UGCUGGUGUUUGCGACGAUAACACCAUCCUUCAAUUUUAUGAUAAACGCACCAUUUUUUGUUUUUUUUGUCAAGAUUUGGACAUUUUCUUACGCUCGGUGGUUUCAAAAUUUUCAUCAAAAUUGUUAUAUUUUGUAUAUUUAUAUGCUCAAUAGAGAGUGAUUUCUACCUGCUCAGAAAAAUAGAAGAUGGAGAGUUGGUGGCGGCUGAGCCACCUGUUUGUGACGGUGUUUCUGUCGAACAUCUCCGAGCAGCUGCUGCAUCCGGCGAUCCCCGACGUCACAAUGGCGGCGGUUUGUCCCGGAAAAGACGAGUGCUCCGCCGCCAUCUACCUCACCGGCUUCCAACAGGCGAUAGAUAUUGAGAACUCCUACUCAUAUCUUUGCCAAUUAAUGAAGAUUGCAGGCAUAGGUUCGGUGAUCAUGAUGCCGGUUAUUGGGAACCUCUCGGAUGCUUAUGGCAGAAAAAUAAUUUUGGCAAUUCCUUUGACUCUUGCCAUAAUUCCAUCGGUUGUUCUAGCGUGGAAGAGGACAACAAACUUCUUCUAUGUGUACUAUGCCAUUAAGACCUUAACAUCCAUGGUUACUCAAGGAGGGAUUUCAUGCCUUGCUCUUGCGUAUUUGGCAGAUAAUGUCACGGAGAGCAAUCGUGCCCCUGCAUUUGGGAUCCUUCAAGGUGUAAUUUCUGCUGCAUUUCUUGGUGGCACAUUCGCUGCCCGCUUACUCUCCACUACUCAGAUAUUUCAGGUGGCAGCAGCUGUAUCUAUUCUUGCCACUGUAUAUAUGGGAGUUUUUCUAAAGGAAAAACCUCGGAAAAUCGAAGCUCUCGAGCAGCCCAUCUUGAGCUUGGUAGAAAUUGAGGAGGAUAGUUGUAUAGCACCAAAAAAGAAAGAACUCAUUGGGAAAAUUCCAUCUCCUUUUGAUAUAUAUCGGUUGCUAAAGAGUAGCGUGACAUUUUCAUUGGCCGCAUGUGUCACUUUCUUCAAUAGCCUUGCAGAGGCUGGCCUUGAAGCUUGUUUAAUGUAUUUUCUGAAGGCUCGAUUUCACUUCAAGAAAGAUCAAUUCGCGGAUGUGCUUCUCAUUGCCUAUAUUGGAGCAACUAUAUCAAAUAUGGUCUUCAUGCCCACGUUGGGUCCCAUAAUCGGAGAGGAGAAAUUGUUAUCAUUGGGACUCUUUGCUGGAUUUCUAAAUAUGUUCUUCGACAGCAUUGCUUGGGCUCCCUGGGUGCCAUAUGCUUCUGCUUCACUAGGUGUUUUCCUCUUCCUGACGAGCCCAAAUCUAAGAAGCAUUGUAUCGAAACAAGUUGGGUCUAGUGAACAGGGACUUGCACAAGGAUGCAUUUUGAGUAUAACAGCAUUUGCAAAUGUAAUCUCUCCAUUAAUUUAUAGUCCUCUUUCAGCUUUAGUUCUGUCUGAGGACUCGCCAUUUCAUUUCCAAGGUUUCAGCAUCCUAUGCGUCGGGCUUGCUUGGCUUGUCGGGUUCUUUCUGAGUUUAAUGAUCCCCUUCUUAUCAAGAAAAAAAUUCAGCAAUGAACUAAACUGGAAGAACUUGAUGCAUCUGUUUGUGAUGGUGUUUUUAUCGUAUUUUGCCACGUGUGUCGUAAAUCCGACGAUUGCUGACGUCACUCUGGCGGCCGUGUGCCCGGGAAAAGAUGAGUGUUCGCUCGCCAUUUAUCUUACCGGUUUCCAGCAAGCGAUUGGAGGCUUAGGUUCUGUGAUUAUGAUGCCAUUGCUGGGUACACUCUCGGAUGCAUAUGGCCGAAAAGUCAUGCUUACGAUCCCUUUGACCCUCGCCAUAAUUCCUCUACUUGUAAUGGCGGUGAAGAGGACAACAGAGUUCUUUUACGUGUACUAUGUUUUGAAGUCUCUAACGGCAAUGGUCACGGAUGGCGGUGUGGCGGCAGUUGCUGCUUUUACUGCGGCUGUUUAUAUGCGGAUUUUUCUCAAGGACACGACUCGGAAAGUCGAUGAACUUGAGCAGCCGAUCUUGAAAAAUGUGACCGAUCGAACGAACCAUGUUGAACACGAGCCUCUGAAGUUAUCAGACUUGGUCAAGAAAGUCCCGUUGCCUAAGGAUAUCAUUCGCUUGCUCAAGAGCAGCUUUACUCUAUCCUUGGCAUCAUUUGUUGCCUUCUUCAAUAGUCUUGCUGAGGCAGGGAUUCAAGCUUUCUUAAUGUAUUACUUGAAGGCACGUUUUCAAUUCGGGAAAGAUCAAUUUGCUGAUAUAUGGCUUAUUACCUACAUUUCAGCUACUGUAUCAAGUAUGGUCUUGAUGCCCACACUCGCUCGGUUUAUAGGAGAAGAGACGAUGCUUUGCAUGGGACUCUUCGUCGGAUUCUUGAAUAUGCUACUCGAUAGCAUAGCAUGGGCGCCUUGGGGGAUUGCUCAAGGAUGUCUCAUGGCCAUAGCCUCGUUUGCUAACUACAAUGAUAAAAAUACAUCCAUACAUGUCGAGAGCAAGGAACGAGCCGUGUUUAUUGGCAUAAAA